UCUUCCAUUCUUUUCUUAGUUCUUUUACCAAGGGCGAACGGGCAGCGGCAGCUGUGGCCGCGGUGGAGAAAGAUACAGAAAUCCCAGGCGAAUAGGCGAUGGUGAAUUAAGUAAAGUGGCAUGGCAGAGAAUUCUGAGAAAACUGAUAGUAGAGACGAGGUUGAGAUCGUUCUUAAAACCGUUGGACCCGCCCGUCCCUCUCGCAUCAAAGUCCCGUCUUCCAUAAAAGUCCAGGAUUUAAGAAAUUUGAUUGCAAAAGAUGGCCAUUUACCGGUUGAUCAUUUGAAGCUUAUUUUGCGUGGUGAGACAUUGCAUGACAAGAAAAAUGGAGAUGAUGUGCAACUUCAGCUUAAAGAUGGAGGUUGUGCACACCUGCCAUACAGCAUGGAACUAGGGCACUUAGUAAUGUGGACUAGAUGGUCUUUUUAUAAAGAAACGUCACACUACUGGUGCAUGCAAAGGCAGAUCAAAGCAAUGACAAGAGAAGCAGGAAUUAGACUUUUUAAUGGGUUCACAGAUCAGUUAACAGAUUCCCUGAUAGUAGCUGUGAAACCAAAAUCUCCUGUUAAACGGAAUGAUGGGUUUGAUGACGAUGACGACGAUGAUGAUCUGAAGUUUCAGAUUCCAGAAUCAUCAAGUUGGUGGAAGAAGAGGCUUUUCUCUUUUCUUCAUGACAAAUUGAAGUUACCUUGUAUCCUGUUGAUGGCAAUUUUCUCAAUGAGUCAAAAGGCGUGGGUCUUCAUCAUUCUAUGGUUUAUUUUGGCACCUAUUGCGUAUAGAUUAGACAUAGGACCCCUAUAUAUACUUGGCACGGGAUUUUCUAUUGUUUUCCUAAAUCUUGGACAGCGGCAACACGGAGAACUCAGUGCAUAUUCCAUCUUCAACGAAGACUUCAGAGAGCUUCCAGGGACACUUAAUGCAGAUCGUCUUGACAGAGACAUACGGACAGGUCAGUUAUAGGCCUCCUACAUUGUUGCUUGCCAUCAUCCAAGUUGCUUUAGAACCCUGUAUCUAUCCAAAAGUAGAAUGAAAUGGUAGUUGAACGAUGUUUGCAAUGAUGUAGCAUGAUGCUCCAAAAGGAAUAUAUUUUCUCAACUGGUAUUUCUUUGUUCAACGCCAUAACUUUAUCCAAAUGUUGCAUACUGAAAAUGUACUGAAGAUUGGAGGAAAAGAUUGACUAAUGCACCAGAAAAAUCAUGCUCAUGAUAUGAUGAAGGUCUCCCCAGCUGAAAACCUUGGCCUUGGUUUAUGUUUUAGCAUGAACAGUUAUUUAUUUUCUUCCAGGGUUUUGGAAAACAAUGAUUUUGGGAUAAAAGGGCAAGAGGGGCAGUAUCCAUUGAGAAAUC